AUGGCAAUUUUUGACCUCAUCGGUAGAGAAGGCUUCGUUGCAGCACCGGCUCCACCAGGAGUGACACCAAAUUUCGACCACCCCGAAAGCAAUGGCGGAAUGUACAUGGCAGGAACUCUCACAACACUAUGCGUUGCAUUCAUCUUUGUGGUACUUCGUCUGACGACCAAAGUGUCUAUGGCAGGAAGAAAGCUAGGAUGGGAUGAUGUUCUGAUCGUUUUUGCGCUGGCCUUUUCGAUUGCCAGAGCCACCUGCUUCAUUGUUGACAUCGAACAUUAUGGGAUUGCGCAUCAUGUUUGGGACCUUCGUCUCCCACUUAAUCGAAAUACUUGGCUGCUUCAUAGAAUUGGGGAUAUAAUGUGGCCCCCCGGAAUCCUUUGCGCCAAAGUAUCCAUCUUGAUGUAUUAUUUGUCGAUUUUCAGACCAAGCAAAGCCUUUCGCUGGACUGUUUAUGGAACUCUGGUAUUCACGAUUUGUUACCUCGUCGCAUCAACAUUGGUGCAGAUCUUUUGGUGCAAUCCCGUCGCUGCGGCGUUCGGAAUCAAAACCCCCGGCAAAAAAGCUGUCUGCCUAGACGGCUAUGUGACUGACCUUGCAAUUGGUGCCCUAAAUCUACUCACGGAUAUCAUUAUUCUUGUUCUGCCCAUGCCCAUGCUGUACAGAUUACAGCUAAGUCGGGGACGAAAGUUGGGACUGGCAGCAAUAUUUGCUAUUGGUGGAUUUGCUGUGGGAGCUACUCUGGCUCGAAACGUUGAAAUAGCUGUGAAACUUAAGGAUAGUGACGCAGAUCAAACCUGGGACGUUAUGUACGAGGCCGUAUGGAUAUCCAUCGAGUUGAACGUAACAAUCAUCUGUUCGUGUCUGCUUGUCUGUCCACAACUUUUCCGCUAUGUCUUGACCAACACAAAAGUUGGACAGUCUUUACGAAGUCUUUUCGGCUCAACCCGUACAACUCAAAGUUCUGCAAGCAGAGGCUCUUUAUCCGGAUUUAAUCGACGAGGCCCACGGUCCAAACACUAUUUACCACAAGAUAGUGAGAUUGAGCUUGAUAGAAAGAGUGCUAGGAGUUUUUCUGAUGAGAUACCUGAUGGUGCCAUUAGAGAAACUAGAACGGUAGAUCAGACCGUCGUGUAG